AUGGCCAUAGGUGGCGGCGCCGACAUUGCUGCGGAAUCAGCGGAUAUCACCUUGAUGCGCGGAGACGUGGCCAGCGUCGCAACCUCAAUAGCCCUCAGCCGGCAGACCAUACGCACCAUCAAGCAGAACCUGUUCUGGGCCUUCUUUUACAAUGUGAUGCUUGUUCCGGUGGCCGCAGGAGCGUUAUACCCGCUCUUCCAGGCAAUCGGCGGAGUUCCAGGAUCGCUGGAUUUCUUCUUCGGGACCCAGGGUUUCCUGAACCCGGUGCUCGCUGCCGUAGCAAUGGCCUUUAGCUCGGUCACCGUGAUCGGCAAUUCUCUCAGGCUGCGCGGUUUCAGAAUGAAGACGCAGCUAUCUUGA